UGUGAUAAGAAAAUAAAGACAUCAUUUUUCUUUCUGGGUUAACUCUUUAUGGGAGAAUUCUUAGUUUUCACCACAAAAAUCCCAACUUUCUUCUUCUCAGAGGGAUUAGUAACCAACAAUAAUGAAAUUCAUCAUAAAGGAAAACAUUUUUCCUUCAUACCAAACACACCAUUUUAGAAUAACAAUACAACACAUCAAGAUUUUCAAGGGUUGUUUGAUUUUUUUUUUCUUUUUUCUUAUGAGAAAUCAUACUCCUCUCUGCAAGAUUCCUCUUUUCUCUCUGAGCUGAGUUUCCAAUUUCAGUCAGUAGAGCAGCAAUGUUUUGGGGAGAAAGAAAAUUAGAUUUUGGGCUGAACUGGAAAGAAUAAGACAAUUGGCUAUAUUUGGUUAACUAGAUGGGCGAGCAGCACCUCCAAGUAAUUAUUCCUAAAAUUUAGAGUCGAACUAGGAAAGAAAGAAAAAGAAAAGUGGCAAAGCUGUAAUAAACAUGAACUUAGAAGGGCAAUCAUAGGUCUCCUAGGAUUCCAAAUGUACUUUGGAUUAGGAAUCUAAGGGUUUUUACUUUCUCUGACUCAUGAUAUAAACAGUACACGGUUGGCAUUGGCAUCCAUAGAUUUCCUCCUAUUUUUCUUCUUUUCUUGAAGCUAUAGAUUUCUUCCUGUCUACUGCCAUGGCUCAAGAGAUGCCUGAUUGGUCGGAACUUCAACACGAUCUGCUUGUUCUCAUCCGUAGGCGUAUCAAUUUGAUUGAAGAUUUCCUAAAUUUUGGCAUUGUAUGCAAAUCCUGGCACUCAGUACCUACCAAGAACAAUUUUAACAGUGACCUGCCUAGAAUUCCAUGGCUGAUGUUAGCUGAAGAGGAAGAAGAUAAAGACUGUCGAAAAUUCUUCAGUCUCUAUAAUGGUAUGAUUUUGAAUAAGCGGAUUCCUAAAGCCACUGGAAAACGAUGUAUGGAGUCCAUGGGUUGGCUUAUCACUGUCGGAAAAGACGAGGGUGAAAUCAGUUUACUACAUCCUUUCUCCGGUGUUCAGAUUCAAUUGCCGCAUCAAAAUACCACAGAAGAUUACGACGAACACGAGACUGGAUUUCCAUUUACGUUUAUUCGUAAGGCGGUUUUGUCAGCUAGUCCUUCUCAUACAUCUGACUUCGUUCUCAUGGUCGUUGAGGGAAACCUUAGAUUCCUCAGUUUUUGGCGACCUGCUGAUUCGAGAUGGACCCGGAUUGGUUGGGUUGCGGCCGACCACUCUCCAUUUGUUGAUGUGGUAUAUUUUAAUGGCCACUUUUAUGCUGUCAAUUAUCGCUGCCAGGUCGUAGUUUGUGAUGUUGCUGGCCCUGAACCCACUAAAAAAAGUCAUAUUGUGACGCAGCUACCAUUUGAUCCUCUAGAAGUUAUAGGUAACUUAUACAUCCUAGAAUCACUAGGAUCAUUAUUUGUAGUUGUGAGAGAUGAUGUUUGCGUAAAAGCCGUCAAAGAUGAUUGUGACACAAGGAUGAGGUUUCCAUUGACGUACGUUCCCUGGGAAGGUGCGUCGGGGCUUCAGGAUGGGGAGAAGCUUAUAUAUGGGACAACAGCUUUUCGAGUUUUCCAGGUGGAUAUAGCUGUUGAUGGCAAAGUAAAAGUAACGCAAACCAAGGAAUUAGGGGACAGAGCUUUUUUCCUGGGUGCUAAUUCUUCUCUUUCUAUCCAAGCAUCUCAAUUUCCAGGAAUCAAGCCCAAUCAUAUUUAUUUUACAGACGAUUUUUUCGAAUCAUAUCUCAUUUUUGCAGAAGGAGGAGGCUUGGACAUGGGGGUUUGCAACUUAGCGGAUGGCAGCAUCCAGCUGCAUUAUGAGGCUGUUUCCCUCAGUCCUGUUUGUCCUCCGACUUGGGUCACACCAACUUUGUAUUAGAGUCCGACACAUUGCUUUAUUUACUCUAUUUGUUGAGCUAUUUUUGACAAUAACAGUACUUGAGUUCUUUUUUAUUUAAAAUCAUUACAACCGUCAUUUAUCUUCAGAAUCAAUUGAUGUAUCUUUCUUGCUUUUAUAUAAUUGUUGUACUUCCUUGCUUCCAAAGUAUGUUGUAAUGGGACGCGAUCAGUACUAACCUUAUUCACAAUUUUCUUAAUGGAGAAACUUCUGGUAUGUA